CAAAAGACUCCGACCAAGUUCGCACUAGUUUGUUAGUACUACUACUACUCCUAGAGCCUUAGGCAGCACCUGCAUCUAUAUCACCACCGUCCACAGCAGACGUUGAUGCCCACCAGCAUCGAUCAUGAAAACUCUGGAACAGCACACCCAGCUAAUAUAUCAUCAUCGUCACAGUCCACUGGCUUGGAGCCAACCAACCAGCUCCAUGAUACCGAAGGCACUAACAGAGACUCCGAUGAUCAGGUCGAUACCCUCAAUGCAUUACUGGAGCGGGAGAAUAUGAUCAAAGAGGGCGCAGAGAGGUUUCUCAAAUUGCCUCUGACCGACACGAUGCGUUUGCAAGUGGAAUCGGAGCUCGAGAUGGCGACGGGCGAAAUUGAGUCUUUGACGAGGAAGAUCGAACUUGAGGCAUCUCGAGGCAGGCGCAAGAAGUACGGAGUUCCUAUAAACCGGCGCAAAUUCGCAGGUCAGGCUCCUCCAGUCGGGGUUCGGUUCAGGGCGGAUAGCGAUGACAGAGACAGAGACAGAGAUGAUUUCAGAACAGCUUUGGCUCAAGCUAAUGCCUGCCUCAAAUCUUUGAAUUCGCUAUCGCGUCCAGUGACAUCGCCUCCUCCAGCAUCGUCCCCGUCGUCCACAAGCAGUAUUUCUGCAGCAGAUAGCGACAGGUCGAAGAUAGAUAUCAUGAACCGACUCGUCUGCAUUCUGCAACGCAAUCUUCGCGUCCGUUACGAGCUUAAUCUCCCUGAGGUUGUUCAAGCGAUAAUCCCAGCUCUCGCUGAUCGAUGCUCCAUGCGCUGCCGAGCUGCCGCCUAUCGGCUGGUCAGGCAUGCAUUGGUUGAUUCCGAUUCAGCAGGAGAACUGCAUAAGCAGCCUCUGGAGUGGUUUAUUGUGAAAUCUUUAGCACGAGAUAACAAGCACGCAAGAGAGAGGGAACAAGUUAUCAAGCUCAUUCGUACUAUCGUCGACAUCGUCUCCGAACCUCGAGAUCGACGUGGCAUUACCGGAACAAAAACGAUCCCUCUUUCAGAACCCAUCAUGCGAGCAUUUCUAGCAGUUGCUGAGCAUGCCGAAGAUCCGUUCCGUCCCAUUUGCGUACAAACUCUUGCUGAAAUGAUUCUCAUCGACAUUGACCUCGUCGCGCGAUCUGGAGGUAUUCGCUUCCUGUUGCAUGCCCUUGGUGAGGGUCCAGUUGAAGUCGGGCCAAUAUUGGCCGCCACAUUCUUGCAUAUCAUCGACUCCCCUCGCACUCGCGCUUACCUGCAUCUUGGAACUGACCUGGAGAUUGCUCUCUCUGCCAUUACAGACGCUUAUGGCAAGGGCACGGAUCAUGCGGACCGUAUGCGAAGCUGCACCAAGAUCAUACAGCUGAUGCUACGGACUUGGAGCGGGUUGAUGUAUUUCUGCCUGGAGGAUCAACACGCCAUCAAGUCCAUCGUCGACACGCUACGAAUACCGUCUCUCGAAACCAGAGAGAUAGUGUUGGAUAUGUUCUUUGAUCUAUUCAAUAUCAAGGCUCCGCAAUGGUAUAAAACGUUCAUAGACGGUCGGCGGCUUACAAUGUACCGAAAACCCCGAGCUUCAGAUCAGCUCGCAGAUCAGAAACUUCCGGAAAAGGGUCCUGAAACGCUAAAGCUCACUGACCAAUACAUUGCUCUUCUCGUCCUCGUAUUCACGGACGCCGGUCUGAUAGAUGCGCUCACAGGAAUGCUUGAGGAAUGCACCACUGGCUCCAACCUGUCACGUAAGGCAACCUUGCUUAUGGCCGAAGUUAUGCAGAUGGCGAAUCGAGUACUUCCCCUGGGUGUUGCUGCCAAGAUACAGGCUGUUCCGCGCGUAUUUAAUCUGGCAGCAGAUUAUAACCGAGGAGAGCAUAGGAUAGUCGGAACAUCUGCUCUAUCGGCAAUCGACAGCUUCAACCGCAAUCGUCUGAGGUUGCAACCUAGUGUUAGGAAUGCACGUCCAAGGGCAAAUUCUACUGAAGAUGCCGUCCGACGAGGACAGAGACAAGUUGAACAGGUCAAAAUCAAAAUGGGGAUGCAGAUGGACGACAAAACUUUCCAGUCGUCCUUGCUCGAGACUCAGGUUAUGUUGACAAAAGACAGCGCAAAAUGGAAUUUUGAGAUGCUUCAAGAGUUGAUCGAAGGGCCAUUAUUGAAUCCCAAGCGAUUGGAAGAAGCCACCAAAGCAGCAAGAUUUAUGCGACGACUGCUAUCCUUUUUCCAUCCUUUCUCCCAUCGAUUUUCUGAACUUCCGAGGAAACAGCCCAAUGUUCGCUGGGUGCGCUUGGGAUGUUCUCUUCUCACCACCUUGCUGGCUAGUCCCGAUGGGAUCCGGUUCCUCGCUUCGGAAGAUGAUCUGUUGAAGCAAAUAGUAAAAUGUUUUGCUCAGUUAGACCCUUUCAACGGCACAUCAGAAUCCGAUCCUAUGUUCUCCAAGCACAGGCUUUCGGACACGUUGACUUAUGGUUACUUCGAGAUGCUCGGAACUUUAAGCAAGCAUGCAGAAGGCAUCGAGUUAAUGGAAAAGUUCAAAUUUUUCACUGCUUUCUAUCACCUUAGCGAGCUGCGCGAUCGCGAAGACUUGAUCACCGCUGUGAUCACCAAUCUGGAUUAUACGAUUGAUGGUCAUCCUCGUAUCGUACUCUCGAAAGCUCUUACAUCGAGCGAUGUCCGCACACGUCUUUAUGCGACGAACCACCUUGGGGAUCUCAUACGAGAUUCACUUACACCAGUCGCGUGGACACUACGUCUUCUUUUGACUCAAAUAUAUGACCAAGCGCCAGAGGUUUGCGAAUUGGCCAUCCAAUUCCUUGAAGAAGCCUGCGAUGCUAUGGAAGUACUGCAACUUGUCGUAGAAAUGCAACCAACGAUGGACCAUCUCGGAGAAAUUGGACAUCCGCUACUGCUAAAAUUCAUGUCAACUCCAAUGGGCUUCCGUUACUUGUACGGCGAAGGUUACAUCGAUAGGGAGAUGGACAUGUGGUUCCAUGAACGCAACAUCUACUACGUCGUACAGGUGGAGAUUUUCCUUUCUAAAGUCUUCAGCUCGGAGGCUGCAGAAGACGAUGAAGAUGUCCUGGCCUUCGACGGGGUCGUUCCACCCCACUUUUAUGGAGAAAUGUCGAAAACUGACCUUGGCUGUCAAGUUCUCAGCGAAAAGGGCCAUUUCUCUGAGUUCUCCCAUUUCAUAAAACAGCAUGGUCUUGAGAGUGAAGAUUUCGAGCUAAUUCUCAAACUCAAGAGCAUUCUAUGGGCAGUGGGGAACGUUGGAGCUACCGAGGGUGGUCUCCCGUUCCUGGAAGAGGAAGAGAUUAUUCCCGCCAUAUUGGAGAUCGCCGAACAUUCUCUCAUUCCCUCGGUGCGAGGGACGUGUUUCUUCGAGCUGAAAUCCUCGACUGAUUAUCGGUGGGAGGCGACCUUAUCGCCACUUGGGGUGCCGACCGGGUUGUGCAUACCCUUGGAUCUGGAUAAAUUUAUCUCAGGUAAGGCAUUACCUGCGUGGAAUCCUGUGGGGGUAAAGGGGGACGGCGAUUCUCGGCUUAUACCGCCAACAUCUCAUACGGAUCUAGAGGUGAUCACUGCGAUAGAGAACUUAAGCAAUACUGUGAUUGCAAACGCCGCAUCACGAUCACUUGCCAGGAUGAAGUCUCGGCCAGAAUAUCGAUCGGCAUUCUCGUCACCCUCUGUAUUUUUCCGUGCUCUGCACACCGUUUCGACGCAACGGUACCGUUUACCAGUAAGGAGAUAUAUAUUCGAUCUCUUCACUACCGAGUUGGACGGUGAUCUGGCAAUGGAACUCUCCGCAUGCGCCAAUUCCCUUCGCGCCCCACCAAUGUUCAAGCAAUCUGAAGCACAUAUCAAUCGAGUAGUGAGCAUGUUCGGGUUGAAACAUGCCAGAGGAGCCUCCGAGAGCGAUGAUGAAGAUGAUGAUACGGAUGGUGAUGCUGAUGAAGUAAUAAAUGACAGAAAUCCUGUGAUUACGCUCCGACCGGUGAGCAGGAUCAUUGGCUUUGACAACUGAUCUGGAGUUCGCUGGUUUGUGUGGGCGUCGAUAUUGUAUUUGACUUCAUGUCCUGGACAUUGCAUGCCCUUCUCGCUGACGCCAUUGUAUCAUAUAUAUAUACCACCUGCACUACUCCUGUUGUACCCUUCUGCACCGUGCUUGCUCAAACUCUCGCAUGAGAACUACCUCCUUGUCCAAUCAAGUUCAGUUUUGUGUUA